AUGGUGAGCGAAAACUUUAUACACCUUCGUGUCGACUCCAACGUAUCUAACAAUGAAAUUGACUACAAAGCAAAUGAGGUUGACAAUGUGAAACAUGUUAACAUCAACUCAGAUUCCAACGUGGUUGACAAUGUGAGACGUGUUAACAUCGACUCAAGAUCCAGCAUGUCUGCAAAAGACGAUGUGUUUGGCAAUGAGUCACAUGGUAACAUCAACUCAAAUUCAAAUGUGUUGGACAAUGCAAACGUGAUCAACAGAUUAAGACACUUACACUUUAAAGGUUGCAAUGCAGUGUUAUAA